CAGCGUCAUCCAUGCAUGACGUCAACAUCUCCAUAUAUUUAAAGUUCUCUUGAAAACCGUUGCUCAAGUCUCCCUCGAUUCAAUUCAUCCAGGCAAUUACAUCCCCAUAAACCACUCGGGAUGUUCACGACCUUUACGUCACGCUUGGGCCUCCCCCGCUGCUGUGGGUGUGGUUAAAUGUUGGAGCAGCGGGCUCCUCUCCAACAGUAUCUGAGCAGGUUAUCGGCAGGAGGGCAGGCGAUGCUGAGUUACGGACGGCAAGGAUUCGUUAGCUUCUUGACUGCAAACGCUAUGCGCACGUUAGUGGUGUUGACUUGGAUAUCUACGAUCUUCCCGCUCCUGCUGGCCGCUCCACAGGCGGACCCCCGCACCACCUACAAAGUCUCUCGGUGGGAUGAGGCCUGGCGCCCGCAGCGGUUCGGCCGGAGCGGUCGGGGAGACACCAAGGACGGAUGGCGACCACAACGCUUCGGUAGAGGGCGCUACGAGCAGGGCUGGCGGCCGCAGAGGUUCGGACGGAACGAGGGGCUGGCGGGCCUGCGAGAGGUCCUGGACGGCGAGGCCUUCCCGCUGCUGCAGAUGACCAGAACCGACCUCCGCCAUGACCUGCCCGGCAUCGGUUACACACCGGGAACCGCACACGGCAGUCUGCGGGCUCUACCUCUCCUCCGUCUGUACGACCGCGGUGCACUUCAGCUUAUCAACGGAGCCGCCAAACAGUCCUCCACAAACCCGCCUUCACUCAGAAUGAUCCGGGCAGCGGCCGAGAGUCUUCAGGGAUUUGCGCGCGGAGGCGAUCAACAGGAUGAGGAGGAGAUGUUCGCGCCUCCACGAAGCACCGACGACUGGCUCGCCGAGAUCCAGAGGCUGGGACUCCGCGGAAGGAAGCGACGGGAUGUCAGCUAGAGACGGCGUCGGCUCGGAGAGGGAGAUGGAGCAAGAGCGGGCAGACGCCGCUGGUGUGAUGACGUCCCAACGACAACAACAGCGUACUUCGCGAAUAGAAUUUACAAACAGCGAUCGAACGUCGGAUCGAAACAGAACUACUUAAUAUUGUCUCAGUCAAACAGCCAAAGGUUAGAUUUAAGAGAAAUUUGUCUUUAAAUGUCAAUAAAGGCACCAGAUGUGCGAAGUGUAAUGCCUUCAAAAGUAAAACAUAGUAGAAUCCAACAAGUCUUUGUUUCUGGACUUCUGAUGUCUUGCUGUCUUUGUCAAUGGGAUGCUGUAUAAAGAAAUGUGAAUCAAAUACAGAUUCUUCAUGGGCGAAACGCCUACUUCUACCCUAGGCAAUUCACGGAAUAAGGUACAAGAUCAUCAAGACCAGUUGUUUUGCAACAUGAAACCUAGCUUAAACAGAUAGGAUUGUAGGAAUACGUCUUUGACAUGACUUUAUCCAAGUCUCGAAGUAGCACACGUAACGUGAUGUUAACGUUGUUACCAAACAAGACGUCCAGUAUAAAAGAUUUUAUACCAGACGUUCAGGGUAUCGACUACUAAGGGAAAUCGAAAGGAAAGACCUUAUAGCAGGUGAUAUGUACGUAUUGCAGCACGGCAGUCUUCUGACAUAACUAUGUACGCAACGUUACGUACGUAUAGCCUGCAGGGAAAAGUCAAGUCUAAGUUGCACUGACACCGGUAAGGCUGCCAGAUGACGGCUCUUGCGCCGGUUUCCUAAGAUUAGACAGACUUUAGAUGUGCAAGCUAGAAUGGAGAUUGUUGCAAACCGUUGUAGAAACGCAAGAAAAUAAAACAAAUGAUCUUUAAA